AUGAAUAGAAAAGACUAUAAAAAUGAAGUUUUACGCCAACUUGGUAAUGACGCAUUCUACGAAAAAUUGAGUUAUAAUCCAAUGAUCAACAUUCAAGAAAAUAUAAGCAAAUGUGUAGAGGAACUAACUGAGAGAAACAAUGCUAUUGACCACGAAUUCGACGUUUUUCCUAAUGAAUGUCGCACACCGUCAUUUUACGUUCUUCCAAAAACGCAUAAACAACCGAAUGCUGAUCUUCCGUUAAAAUAUCCGGGUCGACCUAUAGUUUCCGCCUGUAAUUCACCGACUGAGAAUAUUUCAAAAUAUUUGGAUAGCAUAUUAAAACCGUAUAUGUUCCGACUCCCAUCUUUCAUUAAAGAUACGACGGAUUUUAUUCAAAAAAUUAAAAAUGUGAAGUUGAAAAGCAAAGACUCAUUAUUAGUUACAAUGGAUGUAUCUUCACUGUAUACAUGUAUUCCGCACUCUGACGGCAUAAAAGCAUGUGAAUAUUUUCUAAAUGAAGGAAAUAGUGAUCAUAAUUUACAAACACCAGUGCUCUCUAAUCUUAUACGGAUAGUUCUUGAAAAUAACAUUUUCGAAUUUAAUAAUGAGUUUUUCACGCAAACGUGCGGUACUGCUAUGGGAUCAUCUAUGGCGCCAGCAUAUGCCUCCCUGUUCAUGGGGAAACUGGAAAAGGACUUUAUCGAGUCACGAAAUAUCAAACCGACACUGUGGCUACGUUUCCUGGAUGACAUUUUUCUAAUCUGGGACGAUACUCGCGAGGAACUCGAAAAUUUCAUUCGUGAUCUAAAUGAUUUUCAUCCGACGAUUAAGUUUACGCAAACCAUUUCCAGUUCAUGUGUUGAUUUUCUUGAUGUGCGUGUUUCCAAAAAUGAUUGCACUCUUUCAACGAACAUAUUCGUGAAAAACACUAAUAAUCAUCAGUAUCUUCAUUAUACCUCUUGUCACCCAAAAGCGUGCAAGAAUGGUAUACCAUACAGUCAAGGCAAGCGUUACUGCAGAAUAAUAUCUGAUGACAGUACAUUCGAGGACUCUCUAGUUGAUUUGAAAGAUUUUUUUCUGAAACGUGAAUACCCGAAAGAAGUAAUUGACAAUGCAUUUGAGAAAAUUAAUUCUAUGAGUCAAAAUGAGGCACUGCGACUCACAGAAAGUAGCCAAUCUAAUUUUGUUAUACCAUUUGUUGUUACUUAUAAUCCUCAUCUUCCUAACAUUGGUCACGUUUUAAACAAAUAUUGGGACUUACUAAAGUUGUCAAAAAGUGAAACU